AUCCUGCGCCCAGCCAUGGAGCUGCUGGGGACCCUGAGUCCCCCGUGGUGGCUCCUGCUGCUCCUGCUCCUGGCCCUGCUGCUCUGGGCCACGCGCAGAAGCCCCUGGGAGCCCUGCAAGUGUCCUGCUGACCUGACGGGCAAGACGGUGAUUGUCACCGGAGCCAACAGCGGCAUUGGCAAAUGCGUGGCCAUGGACCUGGCGCGCCGGAACGCCCGCACCAUCCUGGCGUGCCGGAGCCGGGAGCGGGGCCAGGCGGCCGUGGAGGAGAUCCGGGCGGCCACCGGGAACCCAGCGGUGUUGCUGAGGCUGCUGGACACCGGCUCGCUGGCCUCGGUGCGCUCCUUCGCCGGCGCCGUGCUGCGCGAGGAGCCGCGGCUGGACGUGCUGGUGAACAACGCCGGCGUCACCGGGCUGCCUUUCGCCAUCACGUCAGAGGGGCUGGAGCGAACCUUCGCCACCAACUACCUGGGGCCGUUCCUGCUCACCAACCUGCUCCUGGACCUCCUGAAGGCCUCGGCGCCCGCCCGGGUGGUCAAUGUGUCGUCGUUCCGGCACAGCGCGGGCACGGCCGACAGCGGGUUCCUGACGGGGCAGCGGCGCCCGGGCGGGUACGAUGCUGCCUACAACAGCACAAAGCUGAUGAACGUGCUCUUCACCGCCGAGCUGGCGCGGCGCCUGCAGGGCACAGGGGUGACGGCCAACGCGGUGAGCCCUGGCGUGGUGAGCACCAGCAUCAUGCGCCACUUCAGCUGGCCCGUGCGGGCGCUCUUCAGCCUCCUCCGCCCCUUCCUGAAGUCGCCCGAGCAGGGCGCUGCCAGCACCAUCUUCUGCGCCGUCUCGGAGGAAGCUGCGGGCAUCACCGGGAAAUACUUCGACAGCAGCUGCCGGCUGGCGCUGCCCUCGGCG